CCUUGAUGUUUAUAAUUCGGGGGCGACUGUCAGAUAGCCUUUGUUCAUUUCCACAUCUAGGUCUCCAUGACUUAGAUAGGGGUUUCUUUGAAACAGCGCAUUUAGGCAUACUGUAUUCGCCUCUCUAUAGACUGUAGGUAGUUGUUAGAAGGUAAGAUGAUCGCAAUGCCUUGACAAUUCGACAUAGCCCAUUUAACUCCGGCGGAAUCGAGAUGAGACAAGUAUAUUCCCUAUCCCAUCCAACGGUUCUUCUCGUCAUUCCUAUCCAUCGGAGAUAAUCACGCCAAUAGCCCCCAACAACCCUUAUCAAUCGCCAUAAUAACCCCAAGCCUUAAGAAUUUCAGAAGCACGCCUUUAAGAUCCCUUGCAUGAAUAUCGAUGAAUCGUAGGUCCAAAUAGAGCCAUAGAAACAAUUCGCCACGUCAUUCCACGGGACUAGAUCGACGUAAAAGGACAAACCUGCUUGACAACUAGCAUGACGUCACCUCCACCACGCGACAGCUAAUGAGAUGACAGUAUCCUCCGUACGUGUCUCAUUGUUCAAAGAACCACGGACUCGGGGAACAGCAUUUGAUGCCCUUUAAAACAGACUCGAAUACCACGAGACAUUAGAUAUCUAUCUAACUCCUAUACAUUCUCAAACCUAGAAUAAUCCAACUCUACCCCCUACAACACCCCUUUUCCAGCUGCAAACCAGUCCAAUCACACACCAAACAACCAUGGCAUUCACCCGCUCCUCAACCGGACACUCCAAGCCACGCAUCCAACUGAACAUCUCCACGGAGCCCGAGCGCCGGCGCACCGCCAAAACCACAACCACAACCACAUCACGACGGCACGGCCACAUGACCGCACAACCAGCAACCCACCACCACCGCAAGCCGCACCUCAAAGACAAGAUCCAAGGCGCCGCCAAGAAGCUAAACGGCACGCUGACGCGCCGCCCGGGCAAGAAAGCCGCUGGGACGCGGCAGAUGCGCGGGACAGAUGGGAAGGGGAGUCGGGCUAAGAGGAUUUAAAUGCAACGUAUUCCGGUGUUUCUUAGGAUUGAUUUAUUUCGACAUUUUAUGAGGUUCUAUUGGGAACGCCUUCGUUAGGAUUUUGGAAUUAUGGUGGCGAUCUAUCAUAUUCACCUUAGACGGUCUUAUGGUACUGUACC